AUGCCACACAAAGCGACGGUGCCGGAGUCGGAGGCCGUGAGGGACACCGAUGGCGAGCGGUGUCGGUUCCUUUGCUGCCUGCUCAGCGCAGUUACCCAGCUCAAAACUGACCUGGAGACGGGGCAGUGGUGGUUUGUGCACCCCCCCCACAGCAGGAACAGGAAAAACGCCAUCGGGACCGAAGCUCGUGAGCAGGGACGGAUGUCUGACCGCCCGGCCGCCUCCGCGCGUGCCACCCUGCUAGGCCGGGCGUCCGUCGCACGCUCGCUGCCGAAGCACAGGAUGACGGUGUCCAACUUCUCCGGCAGCUUUUCCAGCGUCGUUGACUGGCCCCAGGCACCCUCCACCACGCGGUGCCGGCAGGGGGUGACUUCGUUUUAUGGCAGAUUCAGGCACUUCUUGGACAUCAUCGAUCCUCGCACUCUCUUUGUUACUGAGAGUCGCCUGAAGGAAGCCGUGCAGUUGUUGGAGGAUUACAAGCACGGGACUCUGCCCCCGGGAGUCACCAACAAGGAGCUGUGGGGAGCUCAAAAAAUAAAGCAGGCCAUCAUCCAUCCCGACACAAAUGAGACCAUCUUCAUGCCUUUCCGAAUGUCAGGUUACAUUCCCUUUGGAACGCCCAUCGUUGUUGGUCUUCUCUUGCCCAACCAGACGCUGGCAUCCACUGUGUUUUGGCAGUGGUUGAAUCAGAGCCACAACGCGUGCGUCAACUAUGCAAACCGCAACGCGACGAAGCCUUCUCCGACAUCCAAGUUCAUCCAGGGCUACUUGGGAGCUGUCAUAAGUGCUGUCUCAAUAGCAGUGGGCCUUAAUGUUCUGGUUCAGAGAGCAAACAAGUUUACCCCCGCCACUCGUCUCUUGAUCCAGAGGUUUGUGCCAUUCCCCGCAGUCGCUAGUGCCAAUAUCUGCAAUGUUGUCCUGAUGAGGCACACGGAGCUGGAAGAAGGAAUUGAUGUUUUGGACAAUAACGGAAACAUUGUCGGGUCUUCCAGAAUUGCUGCGAAACACGCACUGCUAGAAACAGCCCUGACUAGAGUGGUCCUGCCAAUGCCUAUACUGGUUCUACCUCCAAUUAUUAUGUCCAUACUGGAAAAAACAUCGCUCCUGAGGUCCCGUCCCCGGAUGAUUCUCCCAGUCCAAAGCCUUGUGUGCCUCGCUGCCUUUGGCCUGGCCCUCCCCUUGGCCAUCAGUCUCUUCCCGCAGAUGUCCGAGAUCGAGACGUCUCGGCUGGAGCCAGAAAUCGCAAUGGCCACCACCAGUAAGACUGUAGUCUACAAUAAGGGAUUGUAAGUGGAAGCGGACAGUCUCAGCCCAGAAGACCUGGGGA